AAAGACACAUAUUCCGUCUCCGUCAUCACGCACAGCGACGUAAUCUGUUUGUCCAAUCAGGUGAAGAGCCUGAAGCUCAGGGAAGAAGCUGAUGAUAUGGCAGCUUUCAGAGCGACCAGGUGGAACUGGCUUUCUUAACGCGGCUAAACCUUCGAUUAUGAAAACGUGUUGUCCUCGGGACGGCGACCGGUCGACAUGAUUUACGUUAUAUUAAUUUCCGCGGUCUCCGGUGCGGUCGUUACGCUGAUAUUACAGUUUCUGUUGAUAUACCGGAGAAGCCCCGAGCCCAUAGGCAGGACAGUGCAGUAUGUCAAAGUAGAGCCCGAGAACGCCUUGAAGGAUUACUUCAACACCCAACAUGCCGAAGCAGGCCAGCCGCAGCAGGACGGCACGGCACCGAACGUCAGCGCCCCUAAACAGCAAGAGGCCGCCGCGGCGGCAGCUGUCACCGGCGGCAGCCCCAAACAACAACAACCGCCGCCUCCCGGCAGUGAGCCCGCUGACGCGGCCAGACCCGAGACGUGCAAUUUCCUAAACGCCAUAUUCCUGUUCCUAUUCCGAGAGCUCCGGGACACCCCCGCCGUUAGACACUGGCUCACCAAAAAGAUCAAGGUGGAGUUUGAGGAGCUGCUGCAGACCAAGACGGCGGGUCGGCUCCUGGAGGGUCUCAGUCUCAGGGACAUCUCGCUGGGCAAGUCGCUGCCGGUGUUUAAAAGCGCCACCCUAGUGAAGCCGGUGCAGCUGAACGAGGACGACAUGCCCGAAGAAAUCAACUUCGAGGUGGACAUCGAGUACAACGGGGGCUUUCACCUCGCCAUCGACGUCGAGCUGGUUUUCGGGAAGUCCGCUUACCUGUUCGUUAAGAUGAGGCGCGUGGUGGGUAGACUGAGGCUGCAGUUCACGCGCAUGCCCUUCUCCCAUUGGUCCUUCUCCUUCCUCGAGGACCCGCUGGUGGACUUUGAGGUGAAAUCCCAGUUCGAGGGAAGGCCGCUGCCUCAGCUCACCUCCAUCAUAGUGAACCAGCUGAAACGGGUGAUCAAAAAGAAACACACCUUACCCAACUACAAGAUCAGAUACAAGCCCUUUUUUCCGUUCCAAGUGCAGCCUCCGCUGGGUUUGGCUUGUGAUUUGGACCUGUCCAUCCAGGACAGCAGGCUGGUGGAAGGCCGACUUAAAGUCACCCUCAUUGAAUGUAGCAGACUGUUCAUCCUGGGCUCCUAUGACAGAGAAACCUAUGUCCACUGCACCCUGGAGCUGAGCAGCCACCAGUGGAAGGAGAAGACCCGCAGCUCCAUCAAACGGACGGAGGUCAUCAAGGGGCCGUGUGGCAGUGUCGGGAUGACGUUCAGGCACGUUCCUGCCGGCGAGGGGGAUGCGGUGCAUGUCAGCAUUGAGACGGUGACGCCCAACUCCCCUGCUGCCGUGGCAGACCUGCAGAGGGGGGAUCGCCUCAUCGCCAUAGGAGGAGUCAAAGUAACAUCCUCGGUUCAAGUGCCCAAACUGUUGAAGCAGGCUGGAGACAGGGUGGUGGUACUUUAUGAGAGACCUGUUCGUCACCAGACUCUCUCUUCUUUUGCAAGCCUCGGGACUCUUCAGGAGGGGUUUGGGCACCUAGAGGAAACUGGUUUCAUUUCGCAGCCAGGGGGUUUUGAGGAAGACCCAGCCCCCAUCACCACAGUUUCUGAUAUAUCUGACAUCAAAGAGAUGGACUCUGAGUUUGAAGAGUUGAUUGUAGACUCCAAACUUAGCCAGAUGGGAGUCCCUAACAGCAGCACCACAAAUACCAGUGAUACUAAGGAGGAUUCCUUACUUACAGUAAACCAAAGCCCCAAACGGACUGUGGCCAAUCUGGCCUCUAAGCCGCUUGGUACUAUAUCACCUAUCCUUAACCGAAAGUUGAACCUGGUGGGUCUCCAGUCACCACUAAAGCCCCAGCCCAAAGAAUCACCAAAGCCCUCACCACAUAAAACCCAUAGUGAUCCAGUGGAGGGCCUGCAACGUCCCACUGUCCCUCCCCCACCUCCUCCUUCUCGCCCCCCAGUGCCGCCAAGACCCCAGAUACGGUUGACAUCGGCCUCCUCCCAGACCUGUCUUUUGGAAGGCAUUGAUUCCUCAACAAUUACUAAUGCCACUGUUGUUCCUACUAUGACUAACACCAUCGGCACUACUGAAAAGUCCACCGAAAAAGCUCCUUCCACCGGAGCCGUUGAAGAUAAGAUCGGCACUGAGAAGAUGUGUGUCAAACCUGUGGAGGCUAAGCAGUCUACUAGGCUUGCAGAGUCCAUAGAUGAGCUACAGGUCCCUUCCACUGUGACCAGCAGCAACAAAGCCGAUCAAACCAAGGACAAAGCAUCAGAGAGCUCCUGCAGCACACGGGACAGUCUAGAAGAACAUUCCCUCUGGGAAUCUCCAGAAACCAUGUUUCGUAACCAGACAGCACGCUGGCCCAAGGCCUCUGUCCUGUUUGACGUGGAGGGCAACCAUAAGUACCUUAAUGUAGCUCUGUGGUGCAAAGAUCCCUUUAAGCUGGGCAGUUUGCUGUGCCUGGGUCAUGUCAGCCUCCAGCUGGAGCAUAUAGCCCUUGAAUGCAUGGCCACAUCUUCAGCUGAGUACCAGAGCACCUUUAGGUUAGGGCCUCCAGAACCCAGAGCCAACGUCAGUCGCACUGCUCUACGGGGCCUCAGCAGCCACAAAGGCUUCAAUGAGAAGCUCUGUUAUGGAGAUGUUACUCUGAAUUUCUGCAACGUAGCUGAAGGUGACUUUGAGUAUUCUGGUGGGCUGUCGGAAAGGGAGCAAGAGAGGAGCCUUUAUGAUGAGGAUCUAAGGGAGAGGGAGCAUAUCCCCACUGCACAGCGCGACGAAUUGGCCUACAGCGCCAUGCAGUCGGCGGAGCUUCGUCACAACUUCCAAGACACCCAGUUUCAGAACCCCACGUGGUGUGAAUACUGCAAGAAGAAGGUUUGGACCAAGGCCGCCUCUCAAUGUAUGAUCUGUGCCUACGUUUGCCACAAGAAAUGCCAGGACAAGUGCCUCGCUGAACAUCCCAGCUGCGUUGCAGCCACUGAACGUCGUGGAGCUGACCCCGAAGCCAAAUCCACUAUUAACCGGGCUACCACUGGCCUCACGCGCCAUAUCAUCAACACCAGCUCCCGCCUGCUCAACCUCCGCCAGGUUCCCAAGACCCGGCUGGUUGACCAGGUGGCUGACGCUCUCCCUGGAGUGGUGGAGCCCUCACCCAAGCAUACCCCAAACACUUCAGACAAUGAGAGCAGCGAUACCGAGACCUACACCAGUGGCGCCAGCCCCUCAAAGCAGCUUGUUGCCAGCAGUAAACUUGUACGCAAGGAAGGUGGGUUAGACGACAGUGUGUUUAUUGCUGUGAAGGAGAUAGGCCGUGACCUGUACCGGGGGCUGCCCACAGAUGAGCGCUCUCAGAAGCUGGAGUUAAUGCUGGACAAGCUGCAGCAGGAAAUUGACCAGGAGCUGGAGCACAAUAACGCCCUGCUGCUGGAGGAGAAGGAGGCCGUAGAUGCCCGACGCAAGGCCCUAAUUAGUACUGCUCUGGCCAAGUCUGGAGAGAGACUCCAGGCCCUCACCUUGCUGAUGAUCCACUACAGAGCAGGCAUCGAGGACCUGGAGUCAGUGGAGAGCCCCUCUCCUUCAGAGCAGCGAGGCUUUAAAGGCAAGGGAGAGGGCCUGGAGGAAGAGGCCCUGAUGGGGGCCGAGGUCUAUGACAGUGAAAUAUGCAGCCCUGUUGAGGAGCAACUGCUGGAUGAUAUGACGGAGGAGCAGAUCUGUGUGGAGGCCCUCCACUGAAUGAGACUAGAAGAGAGAAGAGUUGAACUAUGUCCAGUUUGUUUAUGGAAAUUAGGACAUUUCUGCAGUCCAUUUGAAAACUUGCAUACGUUGGGGUCCGGUGUUUGAUUCACAUUUUUUUUUACGGUUGGGUAACGGAAUUCCCUUCAUGUUAUUGAUGUUUUGAUUUGCACAAUAUGAUGUUGUUUCCAUACUCUUGGUUUUUGAAGGGAAGCUUGAGGGCUACACUAUUAUCUGCCCUCAGUAGUGCUGCAUGUGUAUUCUCCUGUUUGGUUUUUCUGCAGCUACAAAUUGUCAUUGUGAGCAAUGAAGUUGGCUUUCUUGUCUAAAACUGCUUUGACAUAAGUAAAUAAACAGAUGUCUGUGGUCUACUCGUCUGAAUCAUCUUAACUUUGGGGGAGGAAGGUCAUUAUUAAUAUUAAUUAGAUUUCUAUUUGUUACUUGGAGUAACAAACAAUUUGAAGGUGAAACGUGUGAGUCUUAAACAGUGUGAAUACUAGCAGGUGGUUUGGAACAUGUCAUUAUGUUUUAUUAAGCAAUCUGUUAUAUGUAUUAUUUGUUUUGAGUGUUUUUUUUUAUACAGUAAUAUAUUUGGAUCCUUCCUGCUCAUUGACCUCUUUGGGAUUUCAGCAGCUGCUUAAUCCUUAGUGGAGUGGGUCUGAUGAAUAGUUUGCCUAUUUGUGUAUAUCUUUGUAUUGGUAAUGCCAAACAUGUUUUACACUAAGGGGGGUUAAAUAGUUAAUUGUCCUGUGUACUUAACCAUUUCCUUUGUUCCGUCUUGCUAAGUUGUGAUAACUCCCAUAAAAAUCCAUGAGGGCAACAUGAGAAAUACAUUUGAUACAUGAUUGACUUUUUUGAAUAAUCUCUAAACGAAUGUUAUCCUGUUAAGCUGUGGAUGUAAAGAGUCGGCCAACAUUUAUUUAAUUGUGUGCGUGCGAGAGAUAAGAUGAUGUUCAUGGUUCAAGAGGCUACGAUGUAAAUGAGUUUUCAUGCCUAAAUGAAUGUAAGUUCAGCCCUUUUCUGCAUUGAGUGUGUCUACAGUUGUUGGGCACUGCCUUCCCCACCUCGUCGCUAAACAUCAAGAAUUAAUGUAGCCUGUUUCUUUCAUGACCGCCUCAAACACGCUAUGCGGUUCAUUUAUUAUUUUCAUCCACAGGAGGGAAUUUCUCUCUCUUGCAUAAGCGGGACGAAAUGUACUCUGGAAAAGUGAACAUCUUCAAAUCAAUUUGUAGGGGAGUUUUGUCUUUUUUUACAUGACAUUAUCAGCAGUUUGUUUUGAGUACAUGUUGAGAUAGAGAUUUGGGGCUUUCUUAAAGUGUCAACAGCAGGUUUUAGUCAGUUGGUUCAACAUGUAAAGGGUAAGGACUGACCAUCCAGUGAGGGGUCCAUUUAAAGUUGAAAGUAAGUCGGCAAAAACACCCCUACAUUAAAAAAAUAAAAUUCACACUGCCGUAAAUACUCAAUGGAAAGUGCUUGAACAGCUUAGUGAUUUGCACAAGAGAAGAUAUUAGCUUCUUGUGAAUGGCUGAAUUUACUUCUAGCAAAUGUUGGAUUGACCCGCACCUCGUCAGAUGAGGCUUGAUUGAGCGGAGUCAUUUCAAACUACUUUGCUAGAUGACCAUGCAUUGCCAUGCAUUCUUGUGUUCCUUGGCCUGGUACCAGUCCCAGGGUUUGAGAAAUGACUGCUUUGGGGCUAUGACUAUGUCAUAGAGGUCAAGUUUUCCUUAAAUGUAAAGAGAAUCCAAAUGAACUCAUCCAAUCUAAUGCAAGAAGAGAAGGAAUCCGUCUCAGUCGGAGGAAGCAAACUUGCUAUUCCUUAUUUUCUGUGAGAGGUUUGUUGCUGACGUGGACUUGCUGGCUGCUAUACUUGUCAAUCUCUGUCCCUGUACAUCCAGAUUACUGUGCAAUACUUUUGUAGGAAUUUAAUCUGAUAAUCAGGAAUGACUCCCCACAUCUCUACCUUUCUCUACCUUUUUUCCUUUAGACACAUGUGUUGUGUACCCAUCUGUCUGGUAGUGUAACCCGUUGGGGACCAAUGAGAACCCCAGAAGAGGCGUUUGCUCCUUAAAGGCCUCCUCUGGCCCGGGAGGCGCUGCUGUAUCUGUUACAACAUGCUCUCCCACAGAUCUCAUAACGGAAUGCUUCUGCCCCCCCAUCCCUAACCCUAGUAACUGCAUUUACAAAAGGACUGGCCACCACAUUCAGCGGGACGAGAUGGUGUCUGUCUCUCAUUGCGUGUGCGAGGGAUUUAUUGCUUUAUUGUACAAAACUUAAAUAAACAAGUGCAAAUGAAUUGCCA